UGUAACUCAUAAACAAAUAGAAUUAUGUCUCAUCAUUACGUUGUUACGGCACACAAGCCCACUGCAGUUACAGCAUGUGUUACAGGAAAUUUCACAUCUCCAAGUGAUCUGAAUCUCAUCUUGGCUAAGAAUACUCGUUUGGAAAUUUACCUCGUUACGCCAGAGGGCCUCCGCCCCAUUAAAGAAGUUGGGCUGUAUGGAAAGGUGUCUGUGAUGAAGUUCUUCAGACCACCACAUGAGAAGAAGGACCUGCUCUUCAUUGUGACAGCACGGUAUAAUGCUAUGAUUCUUGAGUGUGUUGGUGAAGGUGAUAACCUGGAGAUCAUCACAAAAGCACAUGGGAAUGUAGCUGACCGUAUAGGGAAGCCCUCAGAAACAGGAAUCAUUGCAGUGAUUGAUCCUGAGGCAAGAGUAAUCGGCCUGCGACUGUAUGAUGGCCUUUUCAAGAUUAUCCCCCUAGAGAAGGACAACAGCGAACUAAAGGCCUCCAGCAUACGGAUGGAGGAGCUACAAGUACAAGACCUGGAGUUUCUUCAUGGCUGUCCAAACCCAACCAUCAUCCUGAUCCACCAGGACCUGAACGGCCGUCACGUGAAGACACAUGAGAUCUCACUUCGAGACAAGGAGUUCGUGAAGAUCCCAUGGAAACAAGACAAUGUGGAGACUGAGGCAUCCAUGGUAAUUCCUGUACCAGAGCCACUAUGUGGUGCCAUCAUCAUUGGCCAGGAAUCAAUCCUGUAUCAUGAUGGCAGUACCUACGUAGCAGUCGCACCUCCAGUAAUCAAGCAAAGCACUAUUGUGUGCUAUGCCCAGGUGGACUCAAAUGGUGCACGGUACCUUCUUGGUGAUAUGGCAGGGCACCUAUUCAUGUUGCUUCUUGAGCAGGAAGAGAAAAUGGAUGGUACACUCACUGUGAAAGAUCUCAAAGUGGAAUGUCUGGGUGAGAUCAGUGUUCCUGAGUGUAUCACCUAUCUGGAUAAUGGUGUGCUGUUCAUUGGCUCACGUCUUGGAGACUCACAGCUCAUCAAGUUGAACGUGAAGCAGGAUGAGGGUGGCUCAUAUGUCAGCAUGAUGGAAACAUUCACAAAUCUUGCCCCAAUUGUGGACAUGGUCGUUGUGGACCUGGAGCGCCAGGGACAGGGCCAGCUUGUUACCUGCUCAGGUGCGUAUAAGGAGGGUUCUCUCAGGAUAAUCCGUAAUGGGAUCGGGAUCCAGGAGCACGCAUCCAUAGAUCUUCCUGGCAUUAAGGGGAUGUGGGCCUUGCGAGUAGCAACAUCGAACAAGUUUGACAACACGCUGGUGCUUGCAUUUGUUGGACAGACACGGGUCCUCACUUUGAAUGGAGAGGAGGUUGAGGAGACAGAGAUACCAGGCUUUGUGUCAGAUCAGCAGUCAUUCUUCUGUGGCAAUGUGGAUCAUGACCAGAUCAUCCAGGUGACUCCAUUAUCGGCACGCCUCAUCUCUGUGGACACCAAACAGCUGCUCCAUGAGUGGAAGCCUCCGUCUGAGAAGACAAUCAGUGUGGUAGCAUGCAAUGUCACGCAGGUGCUCUGUGCUGCUGGCAGUGACCUCUAUUACCUGGAGAUUUGUGAAAAAGAGCUGGUGCAGAAAGGUCAAGCAAGCCUGGAGCAUGAAGUGGCAUGUCUUGAUGUCACACCUCUUCAGGAGGGAAGUAGGAAAGCAGAGAUAGUGGCAGUGGGACUCUGGACUGACAUAUCAGCCCGCAUUUUACGCCUGCCUGGGCUUGAAGAAGUUAACAGGGAGUUUCUUGGUGGAGAGAUCAUCCCCCGCUCAAUCCUGAUGACUUGUUUUGAGGGACUCAACUACCUGCUGUGUGCCCUAGGUGAUGGAUCCAUGUACUACUUCUCACUUAAUAAACAGUCUGGCUUCUUGUCAGACAAGAAGAAGGUGACUCUGGGAACACAGCCGACAGUGUUGCGCACAUUCAGGUCUCUGUCUACAACAAAUGUGUUUGCCUGCUCUGACCGGCCAACUGUCAUCUACUCCUCCAACCAUAAGCUUGUAUUUUCAAAUGUGAACCUGAAAGAAGUGAACCACAUGUGUUCCCUGAAUGCAGAGGCUUACCCAGACAGUCUGGCAUUAGCCACCGACAGCACAGUCACAAUUGGGACUAUAGAUGAGAUACAGAAACUGCACAUACGAACAGUUCCGCUUGGUGAGUCACCUCGAAGAAUAGCAUACCAAGAGAGUUCACAGACAUUUGGUGUCAUCACCAUGCGCAUAGACAUCCAGGACUCAGCGGGGCUCAACGCUGUGCGUCCCAGUGCCAGCACACAGACACAGAGUACCACAUCAUCAUCAGCCAUGGGUUCACUCUCUAUGGUGAAACCUGGAGCCAUGGGUGCCAACACUGCUGCAGAAUUUGGACAGGAGGUCGAGGUUCACAACCUGUUGGUUAUAGACCAACACACAUUUGAAGUGCUGCAUGCCCACCAGUUCAUGCAGUGUGAGUAUGCCCUGAGUCUGGUGUCCACAAAGCUUGGGGAUGAUACCAACACGUAUUACAUCGUUGGCACAGCACUGGUAAACCCUGAGGAAAGUGAGCCCAAACAGGGACGCAUCCUCAUGUUCCAAUAUCAGGAUGGCAAGCUGCACCAAGUGGCUGAGAAGGAGAUUAAAGGGGCAUGCUACUCCCUUGUAGAGUUCAACGGAAGACUGCUAGCCAGCAUCAACAGCACGGUGCGAUUGUUUGAGUGGACAGCAGAGAAGGAACUGAGGCUGGAAUGCAGUCAUUUCAACAACAUCAUUGCACUGUACCUGAAAAGAAAGGGAGACUUCAUCCUGGUUGGCGACCUCAUGCGGUCCAUGACCCUCCUUCAAUACAAGACGAUGGAAGGUAGUUUUGAGGAAAUGGCAAGGGAUUACAAUCCAAACUGGAUGACAGCAGUGGAAAUACUGGAUGACGAUACAUUCCUUGGAGCUGAAAAUUCCUUCAACUUGUUUGUCUGCCAGAAAGACAGUGCUGCCACUACUGAUGAGGAGCGCCAGCAGAUGCAGGAGGUGGGCCAGUUCCACCUGGGGGACAUGGUUAAUGUCUUCAGGCAUGGAUCCCUUGUAAUGCAACAUGUAGGGGAGUCAUCCACACCAACACAGGGCUGCGUCUUGUUUGGCACUGUCAGUGGCGCCAUUGGCUUGGUGACUCAGAUUCCUGCAGAUUUCUAUGAUUUCUUGCGUGAACUGGAGGAAAAGCUGACGCAUGUUAUCAAGUCAGUUGGCAAAAUUGAGCACUCCUUCUGGAGAAGUUUCAACACAGACAUCAAGACAGAGCCGUGUGAGGGUUUCAUUGAUGGAGAUUUGGUAGAGAGCUUCUUGGACCUGUCUCACAACAAGAUGAGGGAGGUGUCACUAGGCCUGCAGCUGCAGGUAGACAAUGGGAGCGGAAUGAAGCAAGAUGCCACAGUGGAUGACCUUGUCAAGAUUGUUGAAGAUCUGACAAGAAUACACUGAUUAUUGACAAGAUACGUGUUUCAGUUGAUCCCGUGAAAUAAAUUUGUAUGUUGAAACGCCCAGUGGAAGCAAGUCUGGUUUAAUUCGGGAGACGUAAAGCAACAUAUCUCACACUCGGAUAAAUAUCAGUGAGAUGGAUGUGUUGUGGGUUUGUUGUGAAUGUGAGAUGGUCAGCAGAUCAUGUGUUGUCACAGUGCUGCAGAAGGAUUGUUUUAUCAGCCAGCACUUUAUGCAGACUUAGAAGAAGAGAAGAUCUAGUGAAAUUCAUGCAGACAGCAGUGGGCACAGAGAACAGUGUUAUAGGUGACGUUUGCAGUACCCCAUCCCAGGUCCAAUAAGAGGAAAAGGAAAAACACCCUGAUGAUGUGACAGUAUUUUGGUCCCUGCAUGGUAGUGUCAGUGUUGAAAUGGAAAGGUGACUUUCUCACUGAUUGUGUUUGUUUCUUAACUUUGAGCAGCUGCAUAAUGCCAGAAAUACAUAACACCUAUGUAAAGAAAUGUGACUCUUGUUUGUAAAUACAUUAAUUAUGAACUCUGCCUAGUGCUGUAAUUUGCUUACACAUCGAUUAAAACAAUUAUUAUUUUUA